CCAAUGACUCCUGAGAAGGCGAAGAAGAAGGGAUUUUCAUUCAACAAGUAGUGAUUGAUUUGACGGCUUUCAUCUUACCUGCCAGUCACAAAAAGUCCAUCCUAAUGCUCUCUUUAAUUUACUUCCCAAAUUUUAUUUUACCCUCCACUUUCUUUUCUUACUCUUAUAUGUAGUUGGUUUGAAAUAUGACAAACACUCUGGAUUCUCACCCAUUCCAGAAUGUCUUUAAACGUUACAAGCCUUUAGAGGUGGUGCCACUGCAUAGUCGACAACAGGUCGACAUCCCUUUCGCCAUGCCAUGGCGUAUGAAUCUAUUGGAAACCAGCCAGACUCUCCCGUCCACAUACUUCCUAGUUGAAAACGACCAGAUUCUCGUCUAUGAUGAUAAUCCUGCCCUUGACAUUCUCAUAUCCCAGACUCAUACCUUGAAAAACCCUAAUCAGCUCUUGUCGAAUGGCCGUGUUGACUCGCCAUAUAAAAUCAACGCUAUCAAAGUUGGCUUUAUUGGAGAUGAGGAAGUCUUAGUUUCUGUGGCGGAAAACGGCAAUGUCUGUGUUUGGCGUACGAGUGAUUUGGAAGCGCCUCCGAUCUUACUCAGAAACGACGAUUCCACUUGGGGCAUCGCUAUUCAUGCAAAACAAAAGCUGAUCGCAGUUUGUGCAAACAAUCACGAAGUCACCAUCUUCAACAUGUCUGUACACCCAUCAAUGAAACAAGACGAUACCAAAUCCAUCCUUGGAUCUGAAGCGGAGUGCCGGCUUAUUGGUCACGGUCAUAAUAUCCCCAACAUUGAUUUCAGCGACUGUGGUCGAUUUGUUGUUAGCUGUUCGAUCGAUCGUUCAUGUCGAGUGUGGGAUCUCAAGAAAAAAAAAGUCGUCUGUCAAAGAAAUUUUGCUGAUUUAGGACGAUAUAGCGACAAUUGGGGGUGGUCGGUCAAAUUCUUAUCCAGAAGCAGCGUCAAGCCACUGUUUUGUGACCACGAGCAACUACGACAAGCCAUGAAAGGAAGACCUAGUUAUGGUAAACCAACGCUUGGUUUGAGUUACUUUGGCAUUCAGCAUACGGCCGGCGCUCCUUUGUUUCUAGUCGAUUCGGAUUCGCUUGAUUUUGAUAUCGGUGGAUUUGAUUUGGAUGGCGCCGAUGAUGGAUACGACGAUUAUGAAGAUAUGGACGAUGAUGGGCUGGACUGGGAGAAUGAAAACCUUGCUAUUCAAGGUGAGGAUUAUUUGGAUGGUGUCACACCGCAAGAUGAAAGCGAGGCAUCCGAUCAAAGUGACUCGAGUCGUGGAUCUAGAAGCGACUCUAACGGCGACUCCAGCAUAGUUGAAAAUGAAAUUGCGAAUGGCGAUAACGAUGAAGACCAUGACAAUGACGAAAUACUGGUGGAGUCCAGCCCAGCGAGCUUACACAGGUCCAUAAGAUCGUCUCAAUCAUCAGGCCAGUCCUCUCCUCAAGAUCAUAGCCGAUAUGGUGUUCAAUUGGCUCAAGAGUAUCUAUGGAGACAAGAACAAGAAGGGAAUGACCGAUUGCCUCGUGUCAUGUCCGCCAGAGCAGCUGCAGCUCUUCGAGAGCGCCAAUCCCCUGUUCGUCGUGAUAGUCGUCCUCAAGAAAGCCCUGAGAGUACAUCCGAAAUCGAGUCCCAAAGAGCGAGAGAGAUAGCCCGAAAUGCAAGCACCAAUACAUUUUUUGCUAGAACUUCGUUAGAUAACGAUGAAAACACCAUGCAGUUAUUGUUGCCGGAACCAACGCAUACACCAUCAGAAAGCCCAUUUAGUAGACGCCUAACCACCUCGGCACAAAUGCUCGAAGUAGCUCAAGGCGGAUGGAGCGAUGAUGAAGAUGACAAUAUCAUGGGCGAAGAAACCGAUAAUACCACAAAUGAGGACGAAAAGGAGGAACCUGUCACUGACGUAUACCAAGAUGCCAUCCCUCGCCCGUUCACUUCACACAAUGUACAGUUAGACCGAAGUGAACGCAUAGUUGAGUUGGAAUGCAUCUGUAAUCCCCUGAAACGCCCUGGAGUUGAAUGCAUGUGUCCUGCUGGCAACGACUUUCCCGAUCAAUUAGUGGUGCUAACCACGGGCAAAAAUAUCUACCUCAUGGACCCCAAACAACGUAUGCUCAAAUUAGCAGUUGACAAGAAUAUAUUGUCGGAUAUUGAUUUACGAACUGAUCGAAUGCUGUGCAUGAUGGAUCGGUUGAAUCUAGUGGAGUGGAUACCAGAAUUGGAACUACUUAUUGUUGCAAGCCAAAAAGGCAUGGUAGCGCUUGUCAGAGUGCUUCGAGUUGAUUUGGGAGAUGACGAAGAAGAAUAUGUAUUUAAUCGGGAAGCAUAUUUACCGCAUUCACAUCAACGUUCAAGCCCUCUCUAUGGACUUACUGUAAAGAAACAUGAAACUUAUAAUGCCAAGCAUGGUGCAUGUGCUCCUCGCCAUGAAGUUUUCUGGCACUUGUACUUGAUGUACUAUGACGGGGGCGUUUUAUCGUACAAAAUUGCUCGUAAUCAGCAUACACAACCGCGCAGGCUUGCUGCCAUUUGGGUGUGAUAUGUACCAAUCUAGUAAAGUUAAAUUAAUAGUACAUCCUCAUCAUCAUCAUCAUAUGGACGGCCCUAUAUUACAAAUUUGGAGC